CAAGCUCCAUGGCAAUAUUCAACAUAAGGGCGGCUGCUCCCAUAGGGGUACAAACUUUUGAGCCUGAUUAGCAAACGAAGAACACCGCGGGAACAGUUCUUCUUCAUUCCUUCGGGUGACGAUCGAUAUUGACAAGCAGACCGCUGCCUUUCCUUUCUUCUUCGCCGACGUGCCUGCACGUUCCUGGAUCCGCGAGCUAAAACUCGGAGCAUUUGAGGCGGCCUGCAGGGACGCGACAGCCUGUCAAGACAGCCGCACCAGCGUCAACGCUACCUCUGCUCCUUAUCUUCUGCAGCAGACGGUCAUGCUCUUGAAGCAGUCUUGCGAACCGUAACUGCAGUGUCAUACUGUUGAAGGAACAUAAAAUGUGGUGUCCCAACCAUCCUGCGGAACGCGGGCCUCCAAUCAUGCACCGUGCCCCAUUGUCGCACCAUCCGGUACGAAAGAGGAAGCACAAGAAUAGAUUGCGCCGCGGCAUCUUCUCCUUAUAUACGGGCAGGACGUCGCCAUCUGCGUUGCUCUCUGUGCUCGUCGUACUACUAUUCUGGAGUUCCCUGCUCGGCGCCGUUACCGCUGCACAACCACAUGGUGAUCGACUCUCCGUCGUCUUCGACGAUCUUCUAUGGAAAGGAUCAACAUUGCGCCUCGAUACCCGCCCGCCACCAAUAUUCGCGCUGUUGAUGCCUCCCGUACUCGCCAGCGAGGAUGCCACCAGAACGCUUUCCGCCCCGCCAUCCAAACGCUCCCUUGCAACAGCGACGAGCGACACAUCGUCCACUUUCGAUGUGCCCAAACCUUUCGACACUGGUCUUUCGAACAACUUCACUAGCUCAUGUGCGACUUAUUUGAGCAAGCUGCUCAAUAGCGACGCUUUCAACAAUUGUCACCCAUUCUCACUAAUGCUGCAGACCUCAAGCGGAUUUUUCGAUGCGUCAAAGUCGUUCUUCAAGAUCACUCAGACUCUGGAUGCCACAUGUGCUGUCAAUGAGACUCAGUGUGAAUCAACCCUAGACGGCUUUGCACGCGAGCUUCUCGCUGAUACAGCUUGCAAGACGGAUUACGCCAACGACAAUCCAAUCGUACUGCAAGCCUACAACGGGCUCGUGGCGUACAAACCGUCGUACCAAGCGAGUUGCUUGCGCGAUGAUGAUGGGAAUUACUGCUUUGCCAACGCAGUGAGUAACUCGUCUUCAACAACUGACAGCUACCCUUUCUAUCUACCCAUUGGUCAGGAACUUCCGGGAGGCUCACGACCCACCUGCAACUCGUGUUUGCAGGACACCAUGGCCAUCUAUGCCAACUUUGCUAAUAAUGCUACGCAACCGCUCAGCAAAACAUAUACCUCAGCUGCACAACAGCUCUCCAUAUCUUGUGGAUCGAAAUUCGUCAAUAUCACCGCCGCCCCACUGAAAGGAGCAGCCGCGCCGACCGCGAAUGCAUCGUUCACGCCAACACUCGCCCUAAUCGUAAUGUUCGUUCUCUUCUUCUUCCAAUGAAUGAACAGCCCCUGCUCCUCUUGUAACCUUAUUGUACCUACUUUGUCAUGGACUCCACGAAUGGCUACGGCCUUCACUCAUUAGCGACGGCGCAUGGGAUUGUUUGUUUUGCUUUACUUUGAUUUCAGCCAAUGAAUGGCUGUAGCGUAUACCCAUUGGAAUGGAUCACUUGCUGUUGUGAAUACGGAGCAUUGGCUUGCGAGGCACUCAAGCCCUGCCCUGGAGGCGUUCAUGAGCCUAGAGAAAUGCGCUGGAACAUCUACACGCGCACAACGAGACUGGUCGCAAUUGCGAAACAAUGGUGUUCCGGAAGUUGCGAUAUGCAUUCAUCCCCUCCUAUUGAGCAUUCAGCGUUCUGGAGGUAAAGGUAGCUAUCCGCGGCUACGAUGAGCCUGAGAAUUUGCGCAGUUUCUAAUGAGAUCGGCAAUUUCACCUAAUCUAUCUGCUUCAAUCGUAUACAAUGUUGCACUUCCA